UUUUUUCUCAAAAUUAUUUUCUGUUUAACUUUUGAAAUUUUGAUGGACUAUGUGCGUGAACAUGUAUACUCACUGAAAAGCAUGCUGGACGUGUGCCUAACUCAGGACCCCGGAUUUUCCUCCCUCGAGGAUUUGGCGCUCGCCAACGGAAAUGGGCAACUUUGCGCGCAUCUUUUGGAUGUCGAAUUAAUUCGUCAAAUCUCUCGUUCACUCAUUUGGUUUACUUAUCGCCGUAAUUGGCCUUCACCAAUAGGUGGCUCUGGAGGCCCAACUACUGAUAUUGGUUGGGGUUGUAUGAUUCGUUGUGGGCAAAUGCUUUUUGCACAAACUCUCUUAGCUCUUCAUUUAGGCAAAGAUUGGCAGCUUUUAUUACAUCAACAAAAUGUUGAAGCUUUGGAUAUUUACAGACGUAUUUUGCGUCUCUUUCAAGAUAAACGGACAGCUUUGUAUUCAAUUCAUCAAAUUGCACACAUGGGCAUUUCCGAAGGUAAACAAAUUGGUGAAUGGUUGGGACCUAAUACAAUGAGCCAAGUUUUAAAGAAAUUGGUUGUUUUUGACAAUUGGUCACAGAUUGUGGUUCAUGUAGCAUUAAAUAAUGUUUUAAUUUCCUCUGAUGUUCGAAUUGUAGCUGCUCAAAAGACUUCUAAUAAAUUAAAUAAUAGCCAAAAUGAUAGCAUCCAAGAAGAUAAUUUUGAUCAAAUGGAGGAUGAAGAAAUGGAUGAAGAUGAAGAGAAUAAAAAUGAUUGGAAGAGACCUCUUUUAUUGAUGAUACCUUUACGGUUAGGGCUUGAUUCAAUUAAUUCUUGUUAUUCAACUGCAAUUUUUGAAUGUUUUAAAUUGCCACAAUUUGUUGGAAUUUUGGGUGGUAGACCUAGACAUGCUGUUUAUUUUUAUGGAACUGUUGGUGAUAGGUUACUUUAUUUGGAUCCACAUUUUUGUCAAGAUUUUCAAGAUUUGGAUAUUUCUUCACAGCAAUCAAGUAAUUAA